AAAAUGAGUAAAGUUCAAGAACCAAAGUACAAUGUCUACUUCGAAAACCAUCUCCUCCUUCCGACUCACUUCUCUCCUCCGCUCUCAGAAAGACCCCUCACUGGUCCUUCAACUCUUCCUCAACCCAAACCCUAACCACCCCUCCGUCCACCCCUUCCGCCAUUCCCUCCGCUCCUAUGACCUCAUUAUCACUAAACUUGCCCAAGCCAAAAUGUUCCCCCAAAUGGAACAGCUCCUCGACCAACUCCACACCCAAACGCGCUUCCCUACCCCCGAACCCCUCCUCCGCCACGUCAUCGCUGCCUACGCGCGCGCCGGCCUCCCAUCGCGUGCCCUCCGCACCUUCCUCUCCAUCCCCGCCCCCUCACUCCGCUCCUUCAACUCCCUCCUCCACGCGCUGCUCGCCUGCCGUGACUUCGCCUCAUUCACGCGCCUCCUGCCGCACCUCCCCCGCUUUCGUGGUCCCGACGCAUGCUCCUACAACAUCCUCAUCCAUGCGUGUUCUCUAACCGACGACCGCGGUCGGGCGUGGAAGCUGUUCAACGAAAUGCGUAGGCGAGGCAUUCGUCCGAAUCAAAUUACGUUCGGAACUCUGAUUAACUUGCUGUGCAAAAGCCCUCAAUUGCACCUUCCCCAGGCGUUUAAGGUGAAGGAAGAGAUGGAUAGGGUUUUUAAAAUUAAGCCUAAUGCUUUUGAUUACACUAGUUUGAUUAAAGCUGUUUGCGAGGUGGGUGAUUUUGAUUCCGCGGUUAGGUUGAAAGAUGAGAUGGUGAGGAACAAUUUGAAGCUUGAUGUUGUGGUGUACAACACUUUGGUUUCAGGGUUUUUAAAAGGAGGGAAGAAGGAUACAGGAUUUAGGGUUUUGGAGGAAAUGAAGAUUGGUGGUGUGAAGCCGAAUUCCGUGACGUGUAAUGUGUUAAUUGGGGAGUUUUGUAGGGAGGGGAAGUUUGAAGAGGCUUAUAGGAUUUUGAAUGAUGGGUUAGAGGGUGUGAAGCCUGAUGUUUUUGGCUACAAUGUGGUUAUUGGUUCUCUGUGUGAAGAGGGGAAAUGGAGGGAGGCUGAUGAUUUAUUUGGGGACAUGCCAAGGCGACAGUGUGUUCCUGAUGUUGUGACUUACCGCACCUUGUUUGAUGGGCUUUGCCAGUGUAUGCAGUUUGAGGAAGCUGGGUUGGUUUUAGAGGAGAUGAUUUUUAAAGGCUAUGUUCCUCGUUCCUCCAGUUUGAAUGAGUUUGUUGGUAUGGUGUGCAAGGAAGGGAAUUUUGAGUUACUGGGGAAGGUUUUGAGUGGUUUGGUAGGUGGGGGAUUUUAUUGUGAGGAUGUGUGGAACACUUUGGUCUUAUUGGUUUGUCAAUCGAAAAAGAUGUUGGGAGCUUUUGAACAUUUUGAUGAAUUGGUGUUGGCAUGAAUUCUAUGGCUUACGUUGUUGUGGAAAACUUUUGCUUAAUGCAGUUCGUGGGUAGAAGUUGAAAGACCACCGAUUUGGCUCAUGAGGCAAACAGGGAGGUACAUGAAGGCAGGUUCAUGCAGCUAUUUUUGAUUUAUGGCUUACGUAAAACUUAAUCGAAGGUUUAGGGCAUCCUAGUUUGGUAUUUGGUGUAAUAAAUUUCUGUAUUUUGUGAAAUUGCAUGUGCAGUGGUGUUAUGUUGACUUAGAGAAAAUUUGUACAAAUUAACUUUUGUUUAAACUAAUUUAAGGUUACCAGUAGCUGAUUCAUUUUUUCUUCUUAUUUUUUUCUUGUAAUAAGUCCUUAUGGAUAAGUUUAUCCAAACAAGCAGGUAUAAAAGGGUGUGUUUUUGUUAACUCUUUCAUUUUUUAGUUACACGCCUCCUCUGAAACUAAACAUAGCUAGCGGAUUUUUUACAUUUUCCAAAGUUUAUCUGUAUUUCAGAAAUUUUCUGGACUUUUUUAUGAUGACCUUAGCCCAAGAUUUUUUUAGAAUUGUUUAUGAUCCAUGGUUAUCUGCUUCAAUUGUAAAUUUAAGUCCAACAACUAUCGUGAUUUAAAUGCCACUAAAUCUAAAACCAGUUGGGUUCUUGUUCUUCAUGAAUUUAGUUUGGUGAGUAUGUAUUCUUUACAAAAAAUGAAUCUAAUUUGCCAAUUUUCAUCAAGCAGAGUUACCAAACCAUCUGUGAGAAAUAUCCUUCAUUCCAUGAAAGAUCUGAAAAUGUCGAUCUUGUGGUGGAAAUUUCCCUGCAACCAUGGCAUGUUUUCAA